AAGGGUCUCCUUAAGAGACAAGAGAGGAGUUGAACGUCCUCCACCAUACCUUAGUUUAAAGGGGCGAUUGUGGAAGUCCCAUGAAAUGCCACAUAGUGAUGGUGUCACUUUAAAAAACACCCAGUCCGGUCUGUGAACGGUUGGCGCUAGGAAGGGCAUCCAGCUGUAAAACAAUGCUAAAACUCUUUAUUAAUGGCCGUAAGAAUAGUUGAUCAGACAAACUGCGUAAACGGGGCUGGAACUCUAAGGAGUGAAGGUGUCGCGCACGGUAGGACAGAUGUCAGAUGUGAGCAUCGUCAGACCGUUACCCAGCUAUCACAUCACAAGGUAGAUAACACUAGGUUGAGGAUGGCUAGUGUAAAUGUUGGUACUCUGAGAGGUAGAGCAGGUGAAGUAGUUGAAAUGUUAGAACGUAGAUCUGUUGAUAUGUGUUGUGUUCAGGAAGUUAGGUGGAGAGGAGCUUCAGUGAGAUUUGUGGAAGGUAGGAGGGCAAGGUAUAAGCUUUUUUGGAUUGGUAAUAGUGAUGGAUAUGGAGGAGUUGGCAUAUUCAUUGCGGAGAAGUGGGUAGAAAAAGUAAUAGAUGUUAUGCGUGUUAAUAGUCGUAUUAUAGUGAUAAAGUUUUUGAUAGGUAAUAGGAUUGUCACUUUUCUGUCAGUUUAUGCUCCACAGUGUGGACUCAGUGAGGAAGAUAAAGAUAAGUUUUAUGAUGAGUUAAUAGCAGUCACAUCAAAGUUUGGAGACACUGAACUUGUCAUGGUGGGCGGCGACUUUAAUGGUCAUGUUGGGAAGUCAUCUGAAGGUUAUAGAGGUGUGCAUGGAGGCUAUGGAUUUGGGAGCAGAAAUAAGGAAGGGGAGAGAUUGCUUGAGUUUGGAAUGGCAACAGACAUGGUGGUUUGCAACACAUCAUUCAGUAAGAGACAGAGUAGGCUGAUAACAUAUGAGUCAGGUGGUUGUAAGACACAGAUAGAUUACUUUUUGGUUAGAAAGUCAGACAAGAAAGUGGUGAAGGACGUGAAAGUUAUAUCGGGGGAAGAGUGUGUUUCCCAGCAUAGGUUGCUGGUUUGUGAUAUCAUCUUGAAGAGUGUCAGAGAAGCCAAGAGAAAGUACAGGCCCCGUCGAAAAGUCUGGAAGCUGAAGGAAGAGAUUGUAGCAAGACAAUUUAGUGCAAAAGUUCAGCAGUUAGCCUACAAUAGUCAAUGUGAUAGUGACAAUGUUGAAAGUACUUGGACUACUCUGAAGAAUUGUCUUCUAGAAGCUUCUAAUGAUACCUGUGGGUGGACGAAAGGACCAGCUAGACAUAGACAGACCUGGUGGUGGAAUAAUGAGGUUGACCAGUGUAUAAAGGAAAAGAGGAAACUUUGGAAAGAGUGGAAGUCAGGUGGUAGUAAAAAUAUUUACUUAGAAGCUAAGCGUCGGGCUCGUACAGCAGUGUAUAAGGCAAAAUCAGAAGCAGAGAGAAACAGAUUUGCAGAUGUGUUAAGAAGGGAAGACCAGCGCAAUGAGGUAUUCAAGAUAGCAAAGCAAAUGAAGAAGACUAAUCAAGAUAUUGUAGGUGAGAAGUGUAUACGUAAUGAUGAAGGUGUUUUGGCUAGCACAGAGGAGGAGAAAAGGGUAGCUUGGAAGAAUCAUUAUCAGAGGUUGCUUAACACUGAGUUUGAUUGGGACGAGGAUAAUUUGUCUGAUGAUGAUGUCGUAGAAGGGCCAGCCAUGCAGAUCAAGACAGAAUGGGUAGUGGAGGCUAUUAGGAAAAUGAAGAUUGGCAAGGCUGCAGGAGUAUCAGGUAUUGUUGCAGAGAUGGUAAAAGCAUCUGGAUAUAUUGGAGUUGAGCUUAUUACAAGUCUUGCUAACCAGAUUAUAAAGGAUGGUGCUAUUCCGAGUGAGUGGCAGUCGAGUGUAAUAGUGAAUUGUUUCAAGGGCAAGGGUGAUGCAUUAGAAAGGGGUAACUAUAGAGGUGUGCAUGGAGGCUAUGGAUUUGGGAGCAGAAAUAAGGAAGGGGAGAGAUUGCUUGAGUUUGGAAUGGCAACGGACAUGGUGGUUUGCAACACAUCAUUCAGUAAGAGACAGAGUAGGCUGAUAACAUAUGAGUCAGGUGGUUGUAAGACACAGAUAGAUUACUUUUUGGUUAGAAAGUCAGACAAGAAAGUGGUGAAGGACGUGAAAGUUAUAUCCGGGGAAGAGUGUGUUUCCCAGCAUAGGUUGCUGGUUUGUGAUAUUAUCUUGAAGAGUGUCAGAGAAGCCAAGGGAAAGUACAGGCCCCGUCGAAAAGUCUGGAAGCUGAAGGAAGAGAUUGUAGCAAGACAAUUUAGUGCAAAAGUUCAGCAGUUAGCCUACAAUAGUCAAUGUGAUAGUGACAAUGUUGAAAGUACUUGGACUACUUUGAAGAAUUGUCUUCUAGAAGCUUCUGAUGAUACCUGUGGGUGGACGAAAGGACCAGCUAGACAUAGACAGACCUGGUGGUGGAAUAAUGAGGUUGACCAGUGUAUAAAGGAAAAGAGGAAACUUUGGAAAGAGUGGAAGUCAGGUGGUAGUAAAAAUAUUUACUUAGAAGCUAAGCGUCGGGCUCGUACAGCAGUGUAUAAGGCAAAAUCAGAAGCAGAGAGAAACAAAUUUGCAGAUGUGUUAAGAAGGGAAGACCAGCGCAAUGAGGUAUUCAAGAUAGCAAAGCAAAUGAAGAAGACUAAUCAAGAUAUUGUAGGUGAGAAGUGUAUACGUAAUGAUGAAGGUGUUUUGGCUAGCACAGAGGAGGAGAAAAGGGUAGCUUGGAAGAAUCAUUAUCAGAGGUUGCUUAACACUGAGUUUGAUUGGGACGAGGAUAAUUUGUCUGAUGAUGAUGUCGUAGAAGGGCCAGCCAUGCAGAUCAAGACAGAAUGGGUAGUGGAGGCUAUUAGGAAAAUGAAGAUUGGCAAGGCUGCAGGAGUAUCAGGUAUUGUUGCAGAGAUGGUAAAAGCAUCUGGAUAUAUUGGAGUUGAGCUUAUUACAAGUCUUGCUAACCAGAUUAUAAAGGAUGGUGCUAUUCCGAGUGAGUGA